AUGGCGCUCUCAGUCGUGAUGCAGCACGUCACUGCUAUAACAGAUUUGGGAAACAUGGCGCCUCAGUACACUCGCCAGAUACUCAGGGCCGUGAAGUCGGCCGAACACCUUCGAACCCUGGAACUCAACAGCGACGACAUCUACGAUGAAACCGCAGAACAUUGGAAGCGCCUCAUCAACCGCGAUUUUCCGAUCCUCUCUGCUCGCCACAACCUCACCCCCAAGGAUCCAAGAUCCUGGCACAAGGUCUACGCGGCCUACAAGAAGCUUGACGACGAAGAAGUUGCCGUUGCCACUGCGAAGCUGUCGCAAAGUCUAGCGACCAAGCAGGAAGAGCAGGACAGCCGUCGAUCCACCAUUGUCAGCGCAAACCAACUACCACGGCCUAGGAAAAGGAAUCUUCUCGCCGAGCCACCGGGAAAGCAGAAUUGGUUCAAGAAAGCCAGAAAGGACCUGAUUCGGGACGCCACCUACCGUAAACAUGUCGCCUUCGGCGGUGCGGACAGCCGGAUCAAAAACCCAAGCAAAGCCGUAACCACCGAGGCCCGGAAGCGACGCCAGCCCGAGCCCGCAGCCCCCGUCAUCCGAGCCCCGCGCCCGAUGGCGGCCAAAAACCGCCUCAAACGCACCAUCAUCGACAGUGACGACUUGGUCGAUGCCAUGGAGAAUCAGAACGACCAGAUCCUGGACGACGACGACCUGUUCGGCGACGACCUUUUCGGCGACCAUCUCAUUGGCAAGCCCGAGGACAAGCCAGCCACCUCGACGUCGGCGCCUGCUAAGUCGAAGAGUUCUCUGCCCUCGGUCUCCGCUCCGAAGCAACUUCCCGGACCUCGCCGCCCUCAACUUCUCUAUGCGGCACCGGCCAGCAACAGCGUGGUCCGACGCGUGUCGGUGCCGUCUUCCGCCGGGCCUGCCGCUGCCGCUGCCGCUGCCGCUCGAUCGCCUCCCGCGCCCGAGCCCGAUUCGCCGCCGAGGAAGCGGCUGCGGCCCUCCUAG